AUGCAAAAUUCUCGAACUGAAUACGAAUAUGAGAAACACGUCAACCUCAGCAUGCAGUUGAACCGUUGGAUGCUGAAACCGAUCGGUAUAUGGCCACGUUCCGAUAUUUCGCGAACGAAGAAAUGCUACCACUGGUUGACGAAUAUUAUUUGCUACGGUUUGAUCAGCUUCUUGUUCGUUCCAUGCAGUGUGUACGUGUUCCUCGAGGUAGAGGAUCUGUACAACAAGAUCAAACUGUUUGGACCGUUAAUCUUCUGCAUAAUGGCGUUCACGAAAUACUAUUCGUUUAUCUCUCACGAAAACGAUAUCCGCGAGUGCAUCGAACGGAUCAAAUGGGACUGGAAGAACAUCACGUACAGCGAUGAUAAAAAUAUCAUGUUGGAGAACGCGAAUUUUGGAAGAAGAUUGGUGACCAUUUGCACCUUCUUCAUGUACAGCGGUUUCGCGUUCUAUUAUAUCGCCAUACCGAUCAGUGUGGGUAAAAUACAAGAUGAGGAUGCGAAUCUGACCUUCAUACCUCUGGUGUUUCCAUUCUCGAGGCUGAUAAUAGAUACGAGAUACAGUCCGACGAACGAGAUCGUCUUCUUUCUUCAGUUGAUAGCUGGUGCUUUGAUGCACGGCGUCACGUCAGCCGCUUGCGGGUUAGCUGCCAUGCUUGCUGUUCACGCUUGCGGACAGAUGGAGGUUUUGAUGAACUGGCUGAAACAUUUGAUCGACGGUAGAUCAGAUAUGAGUGACACUGUGGACGUCAGGAUUGCCAGUGUCGUGAGUCAACAUGUUCGAAUUCUGAAAUAUUUGACUCACACUGAGAGAACGCUUCAGCUAAUAUCAAUGGCUGAGUUCUUGGGAUGUACAUUGGAUAUUUGUCUUGUCGGGUAUUACGUUAUAAUGGAGUCAAAAUCGAACGAUAUAACAAGUACAGUAACUUAUGCCAUUUUGCUAACAUCCCUUACGUUUAAUAUAUUUAUAUUUUGUUACAUAGGAGAUCUUGUUGCUGAGCAGUGCAAAAAAAUUGGCGAAGCAACGUAUAUGAUCGAAUGGUACCGAUUACCUGGAAACAAAAAACUCUGCUGCAUCUUGAUAAUCGCGAUGUCUAAUUCAUCCAUCAAAUUGACAGCCGGAAACAUGGUUGAAUUAUCCAUUGAGACUUUCACCAACGUUGUUAAAACAGCAGUUGCAUUCCUGAACGUUUUACGUACAACGACGUAAAUGUACCUCGAAGUGCAAUAUUAUUUAUACAAAUGAAUGUGUUUAUACUCGGAAACAUGUUUGCAUGGUUUGUACUGGUGUCUGUUUAUCUUUGUAUACUUACAUAUAUUAAG